AUGGCGCCCAAAAUCGCAAUUGUCUUUUAUUCCAUGUACGGCCACAUCCGCACCCUGGCAGAAGCCGAAAAGAGGGGCAUCGAAAAGGCCGGCGGCACCGUCGACCUAUACCAAAUCCCCGAGACGCUCUCGCAAGAAGUCCUCACCCAGAUGUACGCGCCGGGCCAACCGACCGACAUCCCGCUACUUGAAGACCCGGCCACCCUCGAGCCCUACGACGGCAUCUUGAUGGGCAUCCCGACGCGCUACGGCAACUUCCCCGCCCAGUGGCGCACCUUCUGGGACAAGACGGGCGCCCAGUGGGCCAAGGGCAGCUACCAUGGCAAAAUGGCGGGAUUGUUCAUCACGAACGCCACCCAGGGCGGUGGACAGGAGUCGACGGCGUUGGCUGCUAUGUCGACGCUUGCGCACCAUGGGAUUAUAUUCGUGCCGUCUGGGUACAAGCACGCUUUUGCGCAGCUGUCGGAUGUUUCGGAGGUGAGGGGUGGAAGCGCCUGGGGUGCGGGUUCUUUCACAGCGGGUGAUGGGUCGAGGCUGCCGUCCGCGAAGGAGCUGGAGAUUGCUGAAAUUCAGGGAGAGCAGUUCUACAAAACGGUCGCUAAGUUCUCUGGUUGA